UGACAAUAGUUUUCGGGAAAAAAGUCAGCCUGUUUUUCUUUUGAUAAACAGUUCCUUUUUCGAAAACUUAAAAAUAAUGGUGGGCGCAAUGCCUGUUAACUUAAUACCAAAAUUUUGUAACGGUACCAUGGAUAGUCACAACGGUACCGAGGAUAGCGAAAUUCAAGUGCACAUCGGUAGUCGGGUAAAGUGUAACGACGAUUUUGGUACGGUGAAGUAUAUCGGUGAAGUGCACGGAUACAAAGGUAUUUGGUACGGAGUUGAAUGGGACGAUCCAGCGAGGGGUAAACAUGACGGCUCAGUGGACGAUGUCCAAUAUUUCAAAGCGUCCAAACCAGGCGCUGGAUCAUUUAUUCGUCCGAACAAAAUUUCUCCGUUGAAAACUUGUGCUGAAGCUAUCAGAAAGUAUUACGGUGAUCGCGAGGAUGAGACAGUAGCCGCCCAUCGUAGGACAGUCAUCAACGAAUGGAAGCGAGAAAUGGGAGCGCCCUUCAUUGAAAUGGUCGGCUUUGAGAAAAUUCAUCAGAAACAAAAUUUCGACCGUCUCCUAGAAGUUUGCGUCCACGACCAGAACAUCUCGAAGGCGGGCGAGGUAGCUUCCCUCUGCCCCAACGUACGUAGCCUCGAUGUGUCCCGCAACCUGUUCUGUAACUGGCGUGAAGUUAUUCAGCUGUCUGCGCAACUGCCUGAUUUAAGGGAACUUGAUGUCAACAAAAACAGAAUGGCCAUAGACAUGCCGGAAGAAACGUUGGCACAACUGUCAAUCAAUUUUGCCAACUUAGAGAAGCUAAACAUCUCAGUGUGCGACUACGAAUGGGCUGAUAUUCUCGCUCUAUCACACUUAUGGCCGAAGCUAAACGAAAUGAUCGCUGCGUAUAACAGAAUAAAGACUAUAAUCCCACCGACAGUCACACUCAGAACUCUAACAGUUUUAAAAUUGGAUGGGAACCCUUUGGCAUCUUGGUAUGAGGUCAUGAACCUUGGUACGAUGAAAAACUUAAAGGUUCUAAGUUUAAACGACUGUCAAAUAACGGAAAUAAGGUUCAAUGACAAUCCCGAUGACAAGGUUGACCUGUUUGAAAAAUUGGAAGUUCUCUUUUUGAAUCGGAACCGGAUUAAUGACUGGCGAUCUCUAAGUGAACUGAACAAGCUAGCCUGCCUGAAGAAACUCUACUUCCUAAAGAACCCUAUACAAGAGAGCGAGGACUAUGACACCGGAUCACAACUUGUUAUCGCUAAAAUUGAUACACUUCAGGAACUGAAUGGCUCAACAAUAACGAGAGAAUUGCGUCGUGGAGCUGAAUAUGAUUAUAUGAAGCGCUAUGGAGCAGAAUGGAAGCUAGCACAGAACGACCCAGCCAGCCAACGAGCCUUUAGCGUCGAGCACUGUAGAUUUACUGAGCUUAUUAACAAAUACGGCAUUCCAGACGACAGCCUCCUAGUAAAACAACCCAAAACAAUGACACUCACAUCACAGCUACUAGAAAUAAUUCUACGAGAUGAAAACGGCAAAUCGUUCAAAAAGAAAUUCCCCUCAUCCAUGUUUGUGCAAAAGCUGGUCACACUCGCACAAAGACUGUUCCCCAGACCUGGUCACACUGGUCCACCAACACUGUACCUUCUCGACGAUCAAAUGCAAGGCGCAGAAAUAUGCCUCGACAACGUCAUGAAGGACCUCGCCUAUUUUUCAGUAAAAAAUGGAGACAUUAUCCUCGUCAAAUUCAGAUAAAUCAUAUUUCCCCACCGGUAACACAAAUCAAGAUGGCCGUUUGAUUUAAUUGGCGCGCAUUUUAAAGUAUUUAUUUAAAAACCUUACUGAGCUUUGUAAAUAAUGUUAUCUCGAAAUUGUACCUGUAUUUAUGGUGAAUAUUAUUUUUCUCAAAAUAAAUGUUCAAUUAUGUAUUUUUA